AUGGUCAGCUGGCGGGCGGACAGUCCCAUUCGUACUCGGGCCUUUUCCAUCCACCUAUCCAACUUCCUGGAAUACCUACGCAGCCAGGAUAGUCUCAUGGUCUGCAAAGUACCGGUACCCUACCAAAAUGCAAGUAAGAUAAAGAGAGUCCACGAUACAUACCCAGGGCUGAGUGCUGUCAAGUCCACAAUUGGUAUCCAGCCUCUUCCGAGACACCGCGAGCUUCAGACGGGCGUGUGUCUUCGGAACAAACUCAUUUGCAUGCGCACCGAGAGUUCGUCACGAGGAGGAGGUACGGUGUUAGGCGAGAGCUGUGAUAUAGUCAGCUACCCGAGCAGGUGUUCCUCGUUAGGUAUGUUCCGCUGUCGUACGGCAUCCGAGUUUUACUGCGGUUUCGUUGAUCCGUCCAACGAUGAGGACACAAACGCGCAAACCGCGCUUCCUACGCAGGCCGUGUUGUUCCUGCAACAAGGUCUUAUGGGGGUACCGUCUCCGGAUGUUGUUGCCUAUCAUGCGGGAAAAUGCUUGAAGACCCUGGACCCUGCAACGACCGCGUUGUUGGCUGGGCGCUACUCUCGUCUCGUCGGCUGUUGGGCAGCACCGCUUGGAAGCGGCAGACUGGCUGGUUUCAAUGUGCGUUUUGCCAUGUUGACCGAGCAAUUACUGGUCACGGUGGGGACGGUGAACUGGUUGCAGAUCGAGGCCAUUCCUCUUUUGUGCUCUGACGGCUUAGCACUGCUGAAUGUGUGGUCCAGCAGCCCUUGUUUGCACAGAUCGCCGCAUCGCUGCCAUGCUGAAACCGUAUUAGCACCAUCGUCACUUUGUGUUUAG